AUGAUGUCGACGGUGUCGUUCCUGGACCUAGAGGUCAGAAACGAAAGCGAUCACAGCUAUCGCUCUGAUUGCUUUGUCUACAACGUUGAUAGUCCAUCACAAAGCGAUACCGAUACCGAUACAGAAGAAGACGCUGUCCCGGGCGUUCCCACUGGUACAGUCGCCUCAGUGGGCAGUGUUGGGUCACUUGUGGGCAACCUGGACAAUCUUCUCCUCAAUCAAAACAACAUCCCACCACUUGACUCCAGCAGAGGGUCGGAGCGUCGCGUGUGUAUCUCUGACAUCGAGAAGAAUGUUGAAGCUAUUCUAAAUCCUUCCUUUGCCGCACUGGAACAUAUACUUCUAUUCAAAUCCCCCAGCCCAUCUGCAUUUGAAUAUUGCGUCACUCGACUACUCGCCCUCUGUCCGCUCGAGGUCUCGGGACCAGCGUCAAAUUUGGCUCUUCACGCGUCCAAAUUGAUCUCACUCGGGUACAAGUGCAAUGAACCACGAUUGGUCGCAACCGGGGUAUACCACUUUCUCCGAUCCGGAAAGACUUUACCUGUCCCCCGUCCCCACGUCAACAAGUUCAACGACGCCUGGGACGACUUAUUGAAGCGCUGGAGCCGACCCCCGAAUUUCAAAGCCUCGGUUUGCUUCGCUGAUUCAGAAGACAACUCUUGUAUCAACGGAACAGAAACAGGCUCCCGACGCUUUGUCGCUCGUGUUCAACGCAGGGUCAAGUCGCUGAAAAAGCAGUUCGCGGACGACCCUAUUGCCGGGCUCGCCGAAGCUGCGGGCCUUUUCAACGUGACUCCUUCGGUCAAGCGACAGAAGGUCCUCGAUCGGGUCGUGUACCAACCCUCGUGA